GUUUUUUCCUCCCUUCACUUGGAUCUGCCGGCAUAACCACCUGGGUCAUCACUCCCUAAUGAUGUUUGGGAAAGUGAUCUGGCUUCAGAUAUGCCUUUGAGACUGUGCCUGCAAUGUGGAGCCAUCAGUGUGACAGAAUGAGCAUUGGCUACCAAAUGGCUCUCUUGAAUAGACGAUUUGGUUUAUCUUUAACCCAUGUAAGCAGUGCUGUGAUCCAACGACAGUUCAGCAUCACUGGAGCAUGCCAAGCAAUACAAAAACUAACCCGCGUGCGAGUGGUGGACAACAGCACCUUGGGGAACACGCCGUACCACCGUCCACCAAAAUGUAUCCAUGUAUAUAACAAGACUGGAGUUGGCAAAGUCGGAGACAAGAUCCUUCUGGCUAUCAAAGGAGAAAAGAAGAAGGCUUUAAUUGUAGGGCACAAGAUGCCUGGCCCCACCAUGACACCUAGAUUUGAUUCCAACAAUGUGGUACUCAUAGAAGAUAAUGGAAAUCCAAUAGGGACUAGAAUAAAAACACCAAUACCGUAUACACUGCGAAGAAGAGAAGGCGAGUUCUCCAAAGUAUUGGCCAUUGCCCGCAACUUUGUAUGAAUGCUAAGAGAGGCCUUCAGCAAUCCUUUCAUACAGUAUCUGUUCCUUGGUCCUUUUCCAGGAAAAAGCUGAUGUUCAUCAAGAAUCUCUCCUCCCUUUUAAUUUCAAGCAACUGAUUUAAAUAUUGAAAUAGUUUCUUUUUUUUCAAAAGAAGGUUAAUUUAUUUCACAGAAUAUCUGCAGUAUGUUUGGGAAAUGGUCCUUCACCCUUAUUCCUCCUGUGGUGUUAAUCUGGUCUGUCAUCAUUAAAAU